ACUGCACUCUAGUAGAGGGAAAACGAAACGAAAGAGCAUCGAUUUCUGAGGAGAGUGGGGUGAGUGAGUGAAGGCUUCGAAGGACAAAUUAUUUGUAGUAUUGUUGUGAAAAUAGCAAGAUGACAGUUAUAACAAAGCCCAUUUGUGAAAAGAAAAUAUCCGAUAAAUUAGACGAACCUUUGGUGGAGAAUGAACAUAUUCCAGAUUUGCCACCUAAAGUGGACUUGGAAGCAGCAACUGAACCCCAGUAUUUCAUUCUAAGAACCCGAGCUCGCCGGGUGUCUUCGGCUACUACAGUAUGUCUUUUCUUGACAGCCUUAUUGGUAAUGAGUAUUGGAAUUAUUGGUGGGGUGUACUUGUACCGUCAGUUCGCCAGAUCACAGAUGCAAAGAUUUCGUGGAUGGUGCAGUGUUCCCUACGAAACAAGCAAGUCAUCUUUGUAUCAGGAUGAUCGAAUUCGACCAGGAAACAUGAUGCGAGGUAAGGAGGGUGACCGUUACACAGGAUUUCUGAAAGAAGAAUUUGAAAUGGAUUUGGAAACAGAUGAUUUUGAAAAGAUAGAUGUCCCUGACUUCCGAGGUGCACGAAGGGGUCGCUUCAUCCAUGAUUUUAAUGCGAAUAAGACUGGAAUAAUAGAUCUUGAUUAUCGACGAUGUUUUGUGAUGCCUUUGAAUCGCCAUAGAGUUUUGCCUCCUCGUUCUCUAUUUGAUCUUGUUCGGAAGAUGUGGGAUGGAUAUUAUGAAGUUGACACCGAAAUUGUGAGAGAGACAAUGCGUGUAGUGACCCCACCUAUCAGCGACUUGAAGUCUGUGGGUUAUUAUAUUGCUCGUGAAUCUACUGUGUGGAAAAGGAGUAUUCCCGAGAGCAAUGUGAAGUAUGCUGAAUUUGCUGGAAAGAACAUUGUGGAAUUGGAGAUAAUGAACCUUGCUGAAAUGCUUGAAUAUGAAUCUCAGAAUUCUGUUGGAGCUUAGUUGAAUUAAAGUGAUUCAUUUCUAUUACAUGCAUCAUAUACUGGAAGAUGCCACUCUUCUCUCUCAUGCUGAAAGAUAUACUCAAAUCAUAUGUAUAUUCAUUUCAAAUUAGGUUCAAAUGGUUAGGUUUAUUGAAGACUGAUUUAUGAGAUUAGUGUAGUUGUUGGAUGUCAUGGAAGACCAUGUGUUCUGACCAGGUUCUCUAGAAGGCUGGAUAAAGGUGUGUUUCCUGCAACUUGACCUAGAACAAACUAGUACAGUAGUGCUUACUUCUUUUGAAGUAAAUUUGUACGUGGAUUUUCCUUUAAAACAAAAUAGUCAUUCCAAAGAAAUUGAUAGUGAAAUAUUUCCUGCCUUUUUAUUUGACCGCUAGCUUGUGAUGGUAAGGGAAGUACGAUGAAUUGCUGUGGGAAAUCUAUGAACAUGUAUUGUUCUAUCAACUAUUGUAAUUCAAUGACUUGUUGGUGGUAAUAUUUAUCAAUGUUCAGUGUUGAUAGUAUAUUGGAACAUUCUUUAAUUGUUACAUUCAAAAUUUUAUGUGAAAUUUUGCUUUUGUGUCGGCAUUUACCGAAACUAAUGAGUUGUAGAGUGGCCAAUAAUAAAUGGGGAAAGUCACAGAAUUGUCGAGAAUAUUUGAGAAUUAUUAGACAAUUCUUGCUUGGUUCCAAACCAAAUUAAUUUAUGUUCAUAACGAGUUGUUGUAUUACUCUAGAGUGAUUGAAAGAGCAAAAGAGAGAUUCGGCCUUUGGCUCAUGUUAUAUACUGGCAUGCUUCUGGACUUUUAUCUGCUCUCCAAACUUUAGGGAUAACUUCUCGAAUUUUUGUACAAUGCCACCUGCUGCUGGGAUGAAGUGUAAAAAUUCAAAACACAGAUCAUAUUAAAGCAUCUCCCUGGUGGCAUAGGGCAUUAAAAUGGUAGGUAGGUUUAUAUCCUUUCUAUGUCACGUAAUUAUUUGUUAGGAGAGUACUGGAGUCCUGCACCACGUAGGGUGCAAAUUGUUACAUGCAUCUUAAUCAUUGGAUGAUGAAUUCAGAACUGGAAACAAAUCCUGCAAAAUCACAGUAGGUAAUCGUGCUAAAAACAAAAACUGACAUUGUAGUAUUGGGAGACUUUAAAUUAUAAAUUUAUUGGCCACCCUGCGUUAAAUAUACCCUCUUCAUUUAUUAGUGUCUUCCUGAAUUCAACUAUACAUAUUUGAAGAUCUGUCCUUGGCAUCAGUCACUGGGAGUUGAGUCUGGUUUAACAUCUUCACUGUUCGGUUAAUUAAAAAAAAAGGGCUAAAUUGAUUAAAGAGUUGUGCCCAAACAAAAAUUCAAAACUGUACUUGGAAUUAGGAGUAAGAAAAAUAAGUGGUCAUGGGUCACACCAUAACUCUUUCAGCAUUUGCCCUCGAUCAUUUGUAAAGAUGUAGAAUACAGUACCUGACGCAACUGCUGCAGUCACAUACCCUAUUUCAGUGUUACAUUACGCAAUAUCUCUAUAACAAAAGAAUUGCCUCUUUUGUAAUACAUUUUACAUUUAUCAGUUUGGCUAAGGCAUUAAUUCUUUUGAAUUUCAGGAGUGACAAAGAAGAAAAAGUUUCUGUAAGAUUCUGUUUAUUAUUACAUUUUGCACUGGUAAACUUACAAUAUCUUACAUUAUAUGUUAGUUCAUAGUCAAUAUGUAUUUGUAUGUUACAGCAAUAAAGUUUAAAUGGUUUGUUCCAUCUCCUACAUCAAUGUUCUCAUGCAAUUGGUUCUCCAUUAAUUGCUUUCUGUCUAAGAUUAAACAAUUUCUUCACCCACUUGUCUAAUUUUAGUUCUGGGUCAACCAGCAACUGAAAACCAAAUUACAAAUAAAUUUAAUGCACAACAUGUGUAGAUCAUACAUUCACAAUCGAUUGAUUAUUCAUUUAGUUGGCCUUGUAGUAGCACAUAUUGCUUUAAAAUAAAGGGAAUAUGAUGUAACACAUCCCUGAAGAAUUUGUCUCCAGCUACUAUGAAACUUGUUGCUGUAAAAACGUUAAAAGUGUCUUUUGAAAAAGAGGUCAGAAUACAACGAAUUUUCAAUAAUUUAUUUUACUUAUUGGGGUAUUUUUCAGUAAUUCCAGGCUGUAAAAGAUUUGGUUAAAAUUUGAAAACUAUGUAGCAUUUAAGAGAAAAAAGUCAAUAUUAAAAGUUAUUAGAAGGAAAAACUAACGGAACUAUUGAUGUAAACAACUUAAUAUCACUUGGCCAACCACUUUUACCAUCGAUUUGUUUUUCUUCUACGAAAUGCUACUUCAAAAUUUUAAAAUUUAAACAAAGUCUCUUAUAAUGCUUAAUCCCAAAAUCGAUUUUAAAAAAAUGCCCAAGUAAAGGUUAAAACCUUAGAAUGAGUUACUGAAAAUAGAAUCUCUUAGAAAGAAAAAGGAAUAAUUUUUAUUUCUUAAAAUAAGUCCAUCUAAGAAUUUUUUUAAAUACUGAAUGGUAUAACUGUCAAUUGGAAGUGUUGGCAACCACUUUGUUAUUUAUUUGAUAGUCUCAUAUUUCUAUUGACUCCAUAUUUUUGUAGGACACGUCAAGAUAUUCACACCACUUGUAUAUCUGAAAACAUAAUUAUUUUUAUUACCAACACACUAAAAAAAACAACAUGUUUUGCAACAAAAUGAGGCCACUUUUUCAGGUAGCCUGAGACAAAGUACGGACAUUAAGAAGUUACAAUCUGGAAAACAUAGGUAAAACUAAACCAUUGAUUUUCCAAGUGCACUAAAUAAUGCAACAGAGUUUGACAAAGCAAUGCAGUAUCAAAAUGAUGGAUCUAAAUAACUUUUGGUGUGAUAACUUAUAAGAUUUUCAAUUGCGUUUGUCAAGGUUGUAAGUAGGGGGAAAGGUACAGUAAAAUCUUUCGAAGAUGGAUUCGAUUGAGUCGCAAGAAUAUUGCAGUUUAGGGAGGUUACCGUUUUAAGCAAGGUUGUCCAUUUUUAUAACACUUGUGAUAUUGAUAUUUCUG